AUGAAAGAGUCAUUGGAUAGCGAACUGCUCGUCGAGUCAUUGCACUCAACUCGUUUUGGCAAGAUAUACAGUUAUCUGUCAGCAAAUCCCUACUUCGGAGCUGGAGCGGGACUUGCAGGCCUUGGAGUGUGUUUGUCAAUCGCUCGGAAAUUGGUAGUGAUAUCGAAUACAUUAUUCAGAAGACGGUUCUUGAUAUCGUUGCAAAUCAGUAAUGAGGAUCCUGCAUAUCCAUGGUUGCUGGAUUACAUCAAUCGAAACAGCGCACGUCGAACACGGCAAAUUUCAGUACAUACCUCAAUUAGCCAAGCAGAAAGUGGCCGAACUGUUACGAAUUUCACAUAUUUGCCAGGACAUGGAAUGCAUUAUUUUACGUAUAAUUACCGAUGGAUACAGGUAGAAAGACAACGAGAAAAGCAGGUCAUACAGAAAGGAAACUACCGCGCACCUUUUGAAACAGUCACAUUAACAACAUUGGGUAUCGAUGUACGAUUUUUGACAAAUUUGCUCGAUAAAGCCAUCUCAGAAGCGCUGCAACAUGUUGAAACGGGUUUAGUUGUCUAUCGAGCUGUAGGACCAGAAUGGCGUCGUUUCGGUGCACCAAUGAGGAAAAGGCCUUUAACAUCGGUUGUUUUAGACAAUGGUGUUGCAAAUUCAAUCUUGAAGGAUUUCCAGGAAUUUUGUUCAUCUUCCAAAUGGUACACGGAACGUGGAAUUCCAUACCGUCGUGGCUAUUUAUUUUAUGGACCUCCCGGAUCCGGUAAAAGCAGUUUCAUUGCCGCAUUAGCUAGCUACUUCGGUUAUAGUGUAUGCAUGUUAUCACUCAGUGAAAGAACCCUUGACGAUGAUCGCUUAAAUCAUCUUUUGAACAGUCCACCUCCUUGUAGUGUAGUGGUAUUGGAAGAUGUGGAUGCCGCUUUUGGUUCUCGUGACGACCCAAUACAGUCUUCAAAGACGUACGAAGGUUUGACAAGGGUGACAUUUUCGGGCCUGUUAAAUGCGAUUGAUGGUGUUGCUAGUGCAGAUGAACGAAUACUUUUUAUGACAACCAAUCAUGUUGAUCGUCUUGAUCCAGCUCUAAUACGUCCAGGUCGUAUCGACGUGAAGCAAUAUUUUGGUUGCUGCACCGAGGCUAUGUUUUCUGAGAUGUUUAAACAUUUCUACGGUAAUAUUGUUACCGAAGAUAUGGCUGUGAAAUUUCGGGAAGCAGCAGUAGCACUGAAUAUGGAGAUAAGUCCAGCUCAAGUGCAAGGAUACUUAUUAUUACGCAAGAAAGAUCCGCAAGCUUCUAUUAAUGAUAUUGCAACGAUCACACAUUAUAAAUAA